AUGAAGGGCGGGGAAGGGGUGGGCCGGCUCCCUCGAGCCCUGGAGAAGGCUGUGUAUGGGGGUGGUGGCUCUGCCGAGAUGCUGAGGGAGGUGGUGGUCACACCAGGGACUCCAGGAGGUGACUGCCUGGUUUACAUUCAGCGGCUGAUCCUGCUGCUGCCACUGCUGCUGUUGCUGCUGCUGCUUCUGCUGCUGGGCCCUCUGCCUGUUCCUGGCAUGGAGGACCCUGACUUCCCCCACCCAGGAGAGAGUUCACAGCCCCCACCCCGGCCCUGUCCCUGGCGCUGCUCUUGUCCCCAGCCUGACGUGGUGGACUGCGCGGGGCUGGACCUGCGUAUAUUUCCUGACAAUAUCACCAGGAAGAACAAUCGGCUCCAGGAGCUCCCCUACAAUGAGCUGUCCCGCCUCAGCGGCCUGCUUACCCUCAACCUGCACAACAACCUCAUCUCUUCAGAGGGCCUGCCCGACGAGGCCUUCGAGUCCCUCGAGCAGCUGCAGCACCUCUACGUGGCCCACAACCAGCUCUCCGUGGCCCCGCAGUUCCUGCCCCACUCGCUCCGCGUGGCUGAUCUGGCUGCCAACCAGGUGACGGAGAUCUUCCCGCUUACCUUUGGGGAGAAGCCGGCCCUCAGGUCCGUGUACCUCCACAACAACCAGCUGGGCAACGCCGGCCUCCCACCUGACGCCUUCCGAGGCUCCGAGGCCAUCACCACCCUCAGUCUGUCCAGCAAUCGGCUCAGCUACCUGCCGCCCAGUCUGCCCAUCUCACUGGAGCGGCUGCACCUGCAGAACAACCUCAUUUCCAAGGUGCCCCGAGGGGCCCUGAGCCGCCAGACCCAGCUCCGAGAGCUGUACCUCCAGCACAACCAGCUGACAGACAGUGGCCUGGAUGCCACCACCUUCAGCAAGCUACGGAGCCUGGAGUACUUGGAUUUGUCACACAACCAGCUGGCUACAGUGCCUGCUGGCCUGCCCAAGACCCUGACCAUCCUGCACCUGGGCCGCAACCGCAUCCGGCGGGUGGAGGCAGCCCGGUUGCGUGGCGCCAGGGGUCUGCGGUACCUGCUGCUGCAGCACAAUGAGCUGGGGGCCACAGGGCUACUGGCCAAGGCACUACGCCCGCUGCGGGCUCUGCACACGCUACACCUCUAUGGAAACCGGCUGCAACGUGUGCCCCCUGGACUGCCACGCCGCCUGUGGGCCCUGCUGAUGCCCCACAACCAUGUGGCUGCGCUCGGUGCUCGUGACUUGGCCUCCAUGCUGGGCCUGGCUGAGCUCAACCUGGCCUACAACCGGCUGACCAGCACCCACCUGCACCACCAGGCCUUCCACCACCUUCACACUCUGCGCUGCCUCGACUUGGCUGGCAACCAGCUGACUCGGGUGCCUGAGGGCUUGCCCGGAGGCCUGCGUGUCCUGCGCCUACAGCGCAACCAGCUGCGUACCCUGGAGCCCGAGUCACUGGCUGGGCUGGGCCAGCUGCAGGAGCUCAGCCUGGCACAUAAUCGGUUGCGCAUCGGCGACAUCGGGCCCGGCACGUGGCACGAGCUGCAGGCCCUUCAGGUGCUAGACCUGAGCCACAAUGAGCUGUCCUUCGUGCCUCCUGACCUGCCCGAGGCCCUGGAGGAGCUGCACCUGCAGGGCAACCGCAUCAGCCACGUGGGCCCAGACGCCUUCCUCAGCACUCCCCACCUGCGUGCCCUCAGCCUCAGGGCCAACCGACUGCACAUGACCAGCAUUGCUGCCGAGGCCUUCCUAGGCCUCCCGCGCCUGCGCGUGGUGGACACUGCUGACAACCCUGAGCAGGUCCUGGUCCACCUGCCACCCACCGCCCCGCGUCAACCCCGGGCAGGAGAUUUCUGAACCAGCAGACAGGCCCCAAGCCCUGGGGUUCAACAGAGCAUGGAUUGAGGGGACAGUGCCCAGCUGGGGCUCUGGGGCCACCACCACCAGGGUGGGGCAGAUAGAGCUGGAGACAAUAAAGUCCACCCCU